AUGCAAACGAUAUUGAACAAAGUGCGUCAGCGUUUAGAUCCGCGACCCCAAGUCCAGAUUAUGUCGGACUUGCACCUCGAGGUCGGGCAACAAUAUACGUUAUUUACGUUUCCCACCACCGCGCCAUUCUUGAUACUAGCGGGCGACAUCGGCCGCCUGAUUGACUACCAGGGCUACCACAGCUUUCUCGAAUUACAGGUCACACGUUAUAAAAAGGUGUUCCUAGUCCUGGGCAACCACGAGUUUUACGGUCUAGAUUACCAAUCCGGUAUCCAGGAGGCGCGACGACUGGCGCAGGAACCGUCCCUGCUCGGCAGGUUAGUGCUGCUGCACCGCGACAGGUGGGACGACCCGGACUCCGACCUGACCAUCCUCGGCUGCACCCUGUGGUCAGCCAUCCCAGAAGCAUCCUACGGCAUUGUCGAGACCAGAGUCAGUGACUUUAAAAAGAUCGACCAAUGGACGCCCCAACAGCACAACACCAUCCACCAGCAAGAACUCGCCUGGCUCCGCGAGCAAACCCGGCAAGUACUAACGGCCAGCACGCCGCAGAAACGGCGGCUUCUCAUCGCGACCCAUCACGCCCCCUGCGUUGGGGGGACGGCCCGGCCGGACCAGGUUAGCAACCCGUGGAGUCCGGCCUUCGCGACCGACCUGGUGGACCAGAAGGGAUGGGACGGUAUUAAGGUCUGGGUGUUCGGGCAUACCCACUACUCGUCGCGCCUGACGCGGAACGGUAUCAGGUUGGUGUCGAACCAGCGGGGAUACGUGCUUCCGGGCAGCGCGGCGGUGAGAAAACAGGGUGGAGAAGGGAGCGGUGGGGAAGAUUUCGAUCCUGUUUUUGUUGUAGUCGUGUAA